AUGGCUGGAAACGCGGACAUGGCGAGCAUCUCGUACUUUGACCAUUCGUCGGGCAAGCGCGUCAACACGGAUGCCGUGCUCAUUGAGGCUAUUCGCACCCAGUACCCCAACCUCGACCUCAUCGUCGCGCCCCAGGGCAGGCUCAACCUGCUCGCAUAUGCCUCGGCCGGCUUUGCCACCGCCACGCCUCUCGAGGAUGUCGUCAAAGAUCCCGUCUACGGUCCCGGCGUCAAGCAGCGCUUCUAUGUCCCCUCGGCGAGGCGCCUGGAUCCCCGCCCCGGCACCAUGGUCGAGCGCGUCAUCUUUGGCAAAUACAUGUACAAGUGGAAGGACCAGGAGGCCAUAGUCUACCUCGCAGAAGGGCGCGACGGCUCGGGCGCGUAUCCAGCCCCUACCCUCUACUACAUCCUGUCCAAUGCGGAGCACAAGGUGGACGAGCUGAUCAAGGAGGCGACGACGUGGGGCUCCGAGCUGCAUGACGAGGUCUGGGUCUUUGACGGCGGCUACUGGGAGAAGAGUGCCGAGCUGUACAACUCUGUACAAAAGGCCUCGUGGGACAAUGUCAUCCUCGACGAGGACAUGAAGAAGGCACUCAUCGACGACGUCGAAAACUUCUUUGACGGCCGCAAGACGUAUGAGGACCUGAAGGUGCCCUGGAAGCGUGGCGUCAUCUACUAUGGCCCUCCAGGAAACGGCAAGACGAUCAGCAUCAAGGCCAUGAUGCACAGUCUGUACCAGCGCGGCACCAAUGGCGACUCUAGGCUCUCUGUGCCCACGCUCUACGUCCGCUCGCUCAGCUCGUUUGCUGGUCCUGAAUACUCUUUGAAGGCCAUCUUUGGCAAAGCCCGCGAAGCUGCCCCCUGCUAUCUCGUCUUUGAGGAUCUUGAUUCGAUUGUCAACGACCACGUGCGGUCCUACUUUCUCAACGAAGUAGACGGCCUCAAGUCCAACGACGGCAUCCUCAUGGUGGGCUCAACCAACCACCUCGACAGACUGGACCCUGGCAUCUCAAAGCGCCCCAGUCGCUUUGACCGCAAGUACUACUUUUCAGAUCCCGACUACGAGCAGCGUGUUCAGUAUGCCAAGUUCUGGCAAAACAAGCUCAAGGAUAACAAGAGCCUUGAGUUUCCCGAUGAGCUUUGUGACAAGAUUGCAGAGAUUACUGCCAAGUUUUCGUUUGCGUACAUGCAAGAGGCUUUUGUUGCGGCACUUUUGGCCAUUGCUGCACGGGGAGGUAAGAGCACUGCGGAAGCGGAGCGGGAGGCAGCGAGGUGGGCGGGUCCUCAGGACCCAAUGAAGCUCGCUACUGGUACUCUUCAUGCCAAUUUUGGGCGGAGAGACAACUUGGGUGGUUCUGACGUGGAGCCGGCUUCAGAAUUUGACAAGCUGGAACUGUGGGUCGAGAUCAAGAAGCAAGUUGAGAUUCUCAAGGAAGAGAUGGACGAAAAGAAGCACAAGAGCGACUGGGAGCUGACCAGCCGACCAAAAGACAUGGAUGCCACACGCUCCAACUCGACUAAAUUUAGAGACGAGCUCGAUGCUAUCCUGCAUGGCGGCCAGGACAGACGGCCCCGUCAUCCCUUUCCCGAGUUUGAGCGUUUGUCCAAGUCAUGA